UGUAUAUGAAGGAUGAUUUGUGUACGAGAAGAUACCACUAGCCAUGGGAACCACCGCGAGAGGAAGACAACCAAUGCUUAUUAAUCUCCCUUUCAUAGCAUUCAUCUCCCAGAUUUUGAUUGUUUUGGUCGGUUCGUUCCCCAUCUCACAAGAUUUUCCGGCGGCUUUCAACUUCGGAGAUUCGAAUUCCGACACCGGAGAACUCACCUCCGGUCUCGGGUUCCGUCUCCGACCACCGUACGGACAAACGUACUUCAACGCAUCGACCGGAAGAUUCUCCGACGGCCGUCUGAUCGUCGAUUUUCUAGUGGACAAAAUGGGCCUACCGUUUUUGAGGCCAUAUCUGGACUCAGUGGGCCCACAGAGCUACAGGGGAGGAUGUAACUUUGCAGCGGGAGGCUCCACGAUUCAGAAGGCAAAUGCUGCAUCCAUAAGCCCCUUUUCCUUUGGCGUCCAAGUCUCCCAAUUCAUCACCUUCAAAUCCAAAGUCCUCCAAUUAAUCGCUCAAGAUAAAGAACUUGAGAAGUACUUACCAUCGGAAGAAUCCUUUAGGAAGGGUUUGUACAUGUUUGAUAUCGGGCAAAAUGACCUCGCCGGGGCAUUUUAUACCAAAACGUUGGAUCAAGUUCUUGGUAUGAUCCCUACCAUCUUAGAUCUGUUUCAAGAUGGUUUAAAGAGAUUAUACGCAGAAGGAGCUAGAAACUUCUGGAUACACAACACAGGGCCACUCGGGUGUUUAGCUCAAGUUGUGUCUCUGUUCGGGAAAGACUCGUCAAAGGUUGACAUGUUUGGAUGCGUUGAAGACCACAACAAAGCCGCCAAGAGUUUCAAUAUGCAGCUUCAUGCUAUUUUCAAAACACUCCCUGGAAAAUUCCCCGAUUCCAAUUUUACCCACGUAGAUAUUUUCUCGAUCAAAUCUAACCUCAUCUCGAAUCACUCCACAUACGGUUUUGAUCAAUCGAUAACAACGUGUUGUGGCUACGGAGGACCGCCUCUAAACUAUGAUACUCGAGUUAACUGCGGUGGAACCAUGGUUCUAAACGGCACAACUGUUAUGGCCAAAACUUGCGACGAUAGUUCAAAGUACGUCAAUUGGGAUGGAAUUCAUUAUACCGAAGCAGCGAAUAUAUUUGUUGCGUCGAGAAUUCUGAUGGGAAAAUAUUCUGAUCCUCCUCCUCCGUUGGAUUCCGGUGCACCUCCUCCUGAAAUCCUAUUUAUGCAGACUUAGUUAUUGAGAAAUUUGAUUCAAAUAUUUGCUUGAGGCUUAUAUAUGUAAUAUUGCAUAAUUUAGGGGCAAAACUAUCAAUAUGAAAGUUAUUGUUUUUUUUCCA